GUACUACUCCCUUAUACUUCCCUUAUACUUUAUGUCUGGUUCAAGUCUGGCCGACGCCGUACGACAACCAUCAAACGUCUAUAUGGGGCACGCAGGAAGGUCCAGACCAGCUAUAUAGUUUCAUACCUAAUAGCAUGCCUGUACCCAAUUCCCCGCUCGUCCUGAUACUAUAUUACAUAUGUUCUGUGACUCGUUCACAGUUAAAACUUUGCGCUUAUGACUUGGAGAGCUCCUGAUAAUCUGAGAUUCUAUAUACAGGAAGCACGCCUCGUGUCCAUCAAUCUGAGCUCAUAUCAGCCCAGCGUUGAUGCCGCUUUACACGCUCUUCCCCGCCGAUACAGGAAACUAAGAGCAAUCCACCCACUUCAGCUCGCGCUCUUCAACGAGUAUUGUCAAGACUGGACAGAUGAUUUCGUUCCGUGCGUGUCGCUUGGUGAAGAAGAUGAAGAUAAAGAGACGGGUGAACGCUUCACGGUGCCUUGCCCACCUUUUUAUCAAGUUCCGUCUAUCAGUCUGGCCCGGGCUGAUAGCCUCAAGCGAUUGUUCACGUGGAUAGAUCUUCUUCCGCUGGAAACCGUGCGACGAGCCGUGCAUCUCCUCUACCCUGAGACAAAAGCUUGGUCCUUUGCUUCUGAUGCAGAUGAUCCGGAUCAUACCAUCUUCAAAUGUAUAUCGUGGUCCCAACUAGUGGAUCACGACGAUGAGCGGCAUUGUCGGAGUGCCAUGAACAUCUUCAUUCAGCCCCCUUGGGUCCUCUCUGUCCGCGAUCUUGAGCUAUUUGGCAAACGUCAAUCAUUCUGUGGGUCAUCCUCGAUGCCGUGGCACGAACGCCCUACUACACCCCAUGAAAGGUUAUGGUACAAGCUAUGGGACUGCUGUAUCGCCAGAAGCUGCCCAUGGUUUGUCGUAAGCACUUAUACGCAUUGGGUCUUUGGAGUGUUCUCGAACGGGUGGACUGCAGCGUUUGUUUCUCCAGUGUAUAGCCAUGACUCUCACGACCCAUCUGUUUUACAACUCCUACUAUUCUGGCUUUGUUCAGCAAUGGGACUUCCUGGAGGCUGGGCGGUCCCAGAAGUUCGCAUCGAACCAGCUUAUCCUAGUCACCAUCUCACAGCCUUGGUCUCCGAUCUCGCCGUCACUGAUAAGUCGACAUUGACCCCCUGGGCUGGGGAUGACUAGAUCCGCGUCAUUCGAUUCCAUUUGAUUGAAGCAGGCCGCGUAUGCGCGCUUACUAUUAUUGUAGGUCUACCAAAGUUCUGCUAUUUCCCUUCCAGUUUGAGAAGGUUACGCCGAGUGCUUCGGUUUCAUCUUAGCCCCACCAUGAUAACUAUCCUGUAGUACUCCCGAUCAGUUAAAAACAGCCAAGGCACCUACAGGAUUUUCAGAGAUCUGGUAAUUGUAAUUCAAUGUAACGUAUCCCAAAAAUAGAUGAACAGUAAAUCACUAUCAG